UCUCGCCCGGGUCGGGGAAGAGCGGCAGCGGCUGGGCGAGCCGGCGAGGCGAGGCAGGCGAGACAAGACAGUGCCAUGCUGCCUUUGUGCAAAGUUGGGCGGCGGGCGGCGCGCCGCGCGCAGGGGCCGCGCACACCCGCGACCGCGCGCAGCCGUGGCUGCUGCUGAGUGGCAGGGCCCCCUGCUUCCCGCCUGGCCCUUGAAGGCGGAGAGAGCUCGCGUCUCGCUCGGCUUCAGGGUAAGUCCCGCUGUGAGCAGGGUGUUCUCUUCUUCACUUCCAGCAAGCCAGAGUUUCAUAAAUGGACACUGACAUGGACUACGAAAGACCCAACGUGGAAACCAUCAAGUGUGUGGUGGUGGGCGACAAUGCUGUGGGGAAGACGCGCCUGAUCUGUGCCAGAGCGUGUAACACCACGCUCACACAGUAUCAGCUGCUGGCCACCCACGUGCCCACCGUGUGGGCCAUUGACCAGUACCGUGUCUGCCAGGAGGUCUUGGAGCGUUCCCGAGAUGUGGUUGAUGAAGUGAGUGUUUCUCUCAGGCUUUGGGAUACUUUUGGCGAUCAUCACAAGGACAGGCGAUUUGCAUAUGGCAGGUCUGAUGUUGUGGUCCUCUGUUUUUCGAUCGCUAAUCCCAAUUCCCUAAAUCAUGUGAAAACCAUGUGGUAUCAAGAAAUCAAGCACUUUUGCCCUCGCACACCUGUUGUCCUAGUUGGCUGCCAGCUCGAUCUCCGCUAUGCCGAUCUGGAGGCUGUUAAUCGAGCUAGACGCCCGUUAGCCAGGCCCAUAAAGAGAGGGGAUAUUUUGCCCCCAGAAAAAGGCCGAGAGGUUGCAAAGGAACUUGGCAUACCAUACUAUGAAACAAGUGUAUUUGACCGGUUCGGAAUCAAGGAUGUAUUUGACAAUGCAAUUCGUGCAGCGCUGAUUUCCCGCCGGCACCUGCAGUUCUGGAAAUCCCACUUAAAAAAAGUCCAGAAACCUUUACUUCAGGCACCCUUCCUACCUCCAAAAGCCCCUCCACCAGUCAUCAAAAUCCCCGAGUGUCCUUCCAUGGGGACUAAUGAAGCUGCCUGUUUACUGGAUAGUCCACUGUGUGCUGACGUCCUGUUCAUCCUUCAGGACCAGGAGCACAUCUUUGCACAUCGAAUUUACCUUGCUACCUCUUCUUCCAAAUUUUAUGAUCUUUUUUUAAUGGAAUGUGAAGAAUCCCCAAGUUGGGGUGAAGGAGUUUGUGAGAAAGAGAUGCAGAGCAGGAAUCUUCAGGGCCGGAGGCUGAGUCUUGGGGCAGAUGAGGAAGGGGAAGAAGGUGCCCCGAGAAGGCCUCAGGCUGAUCAGGGGAUGUCUCCAAGCAAGAACUUGUUGGAGACUCCGGGGCCUGAAGCCGAGGGUUCCAUUCCUGAGAUGCAGGCUUUGUCCGGCUGGAGCAAAGGGUUCAUUGGCAUGCACAAGGAAAUGCAGGUCAAUCCCAUUUCAAAGCGGGUGGGCCCCGUGACUGUGGUCAGGAUGGACUCAUCCGUACAGCCAGGCCCUUUCCGGACCCUGCUCCAGUUUCUUUAUACUGGACAACUGGAUGAGAAGGAAAAGGAUUUGGUGGGCCUGGCUCAGAUUGCAGAGGUCCUAGAGAUGUUUGAUUUGAGGAUGAUGGUGGAAAACAUCAUGAACAAGGAAGCCUUUAUGAACCAGGAGAUUACGAAAGCCUUUCACGUCAGGAAAGCCAACCGGAUAAAAGAGUGCCUCAGCAAGGGGACAUUCUCAGAUGUGACCUUUAUCUUGGAUGAUGGAGCGAUCAGUGCCCACAAGCCAUUGCUGAUCUGUAGCUGCGAGUGGAUGGCUGCCAUGUUCGGGGGCUCGUUUGUGGAAAGCGCCAACAGUGAGGUAUAUCUCCCAAACAUAAACAAGAUGUCGAUGCAGGCAGUGUUGGAUUAUCUCUAUACCAAGCAGUUGUCACCGAACUUGGACCUGGACCCGCUGGAACUAAUUGCCUUGGCAAACAGAUUCUGCCUGCCACAUUUGGUUGCACUUGCAGAGCAGCACGCGGUUCAGGAGCUGACCAAGGCCGCCAUGAGUGGUGUGGGCAUUGACGGGGAAGUGCUCUCUUACUUGGAAUUGGCCCAGUUUCACAAUGCCAACCAGCUGGCUGCCUGGUGUUUGCACCACAUUUGCACCAACUACAACAGUGUCUGUUCCAAGUUCCGCAAAGAAAUCAAAUCGAAAUCUGCAGACAAUCAGGAGUACUUUGAACGGCACCGCUGGCCCCCUGUGUGGUACCUGAAGGAGGAAGACCACUACCAGCGUGUGAAAAGGGAACGAGAGAAGGAAGAUAUUGCACUAAAUAAACAUCACUCAAGACGAAAGUGGUGCUUCUGGAAUUCAUCUCCAGCAGUUGCCUGAAGAGGAAGAGGAAAAACAAUCAGUAAUCUGAUACAACACUUUUAAAAAGCACUACUGUAAAGUUAGUCGUCUUAUUAGAGAUGCGAUAUAGUUCAGGUUUCAGGCGCUGACCUUCCUCCACUUUUGUGCAUUUAUCUUUGUUAGGAUCAAAGCACAAGCUCACCAUCAAUGAGCCUGGACAAAAAAGGGAAGCUGACUCUCUCACUGCAUUCCUUAAACUGAUACGUAUAUUUUUUUGUUGUUGUUGGGAGGCUUAAUAAACUUCAGUCCGUUA